AAGUGGAUUAGAGGCGCUAAUUGCUCGAUGAGACGAGACAGGCCACUCGCAUGAGACCGCAGGAAGCAAGCACAGGUGGCGCUGGAAGCGGCUCAAAAUCACCAUAAAUAUAAUUAUUUUUGUUAGUCCAGGAUUAGGUGUGCAUGUGUGGAGUGCUAUGAGACGUUUAGCAACUCGCCUGUAGCCUUUUAUAGGGCAAGGAACUUCAAGUCAAAAUGGCCGACGCAUACCUCUCUCUCUAAGGAACAAAAAGCAAAUGCUAGUAAGGAACAAAUAGAUGAUUAUGAAGUAUUACAUUGGCGCCCCGCGAGAUGGCAGAUUAUUUUAAAUGGGUUUUACAGUAUACAGGCAAGUCUGAAUUUAAAGCUGCUCGCCUUUCAGUGUAGUACCACGUUGUGCCACAGCCUCCCGGGAAACACUGAAGUCCACUGGAAGUGAUGCAGCAUAAUUAAGAGCAAGAAGAAGAGGCAGAGAAGGUCCCCAAUCCUCAAAUUAGCUGCAAUAACAGUCGUUCCCAGAGACAACAUACUGUAUGCCUUGUCAGCAUGAGGAUCGCUGUGCUGGGAGCCACCGGGCAGACGGGCCAGUUUGUGGUGAACCAGGCACUGCAGCAAGGCCACGCUGUCACCGCCGUCGUCCGGAACCUGGACAAGGUCACCGUGCGUCAUGACAACCUCAAGGUAGUAGAGGGUGACAUCUUCUCAGCAGACAGCCUCAAGUCUCAUCUCAAGGGGGUGGAUGUGCUGGUCUCCUGCCUGGGCUUCUCUGCCUCCUUCUUCUCCAGUGUGACGGGGUACACCCACUCCAUGAGGGCCGUGAUCGGAGCCAUGCGGGAGGCAAACGUCAACAGGAUCAUCACCAUGACAUCCUGGUACACAGACCCUAACUCUGGCACUCAGUCGUCAUACCUGAUCCGCUUCCUGCUGCUGCCCCUGAUCCGUAGCGUGCUCAGUAACAUGUGGGAGAUGGAGGAGUACCUGCGGCAGGUGGAUGACAUCAACUGGACCGUGGUGCGCCCGCCCGGUCUCAAGAACCUCCCAUCCUCAGCCUUGGAGAUCCUGACGCACGAGGGCUACUUCGUGCCCGACCAGGACGGGCACCCAGCAGGGAGCGCUAUGGGACGAGGCGAUGUGGCUCGCUUCAUGCUGUCGCUCCUCAACAACAACGCUUGGGUGCAGAAGGCAGUGGCCAUCACCACCAAAUGAGAGGCAGCCACUAACACAGCACACUUGUGUGUUUUUUGGACAUACUUGGCAAAUAAAGAUGAUUCUGAUUCACACC